UUUCUAUUCUUCUAAAAACCCUAACGAUUUUGCAUUGCUACUUUCAGUUUUUUGCAAUUUUCAGUGCAACUUGUUGUGUCUAUCGUGUCGCAAUCCUACACCAAGGGUCGAUGAAUAACGAUGACUGUUGUAGUGUCGGAAAGAACAGUAAUAAUGUGAUUUUACUAUGAUAGAUCCUAAUAGAUUGUUAGCUGACUUGUUUGUGCCCAAGCAGGAGGAAUAAGAUGCCUCCUUACGACUGUAUGUUUCUGUUUAAACCUCACAUCGCGAAAGAAGCUAUUUUGGAUUUAGUUGUACGGGUGGGAAAACAUGUGUCUGGAAGAAAUGGGGUUGUCACUGAUGUUAAGAAUUUUGGAAAGGUUCAAUUGGGAUAUGGUGUGAAGAAGCUGGAUGGCAGAUAUUAUCAGGGGACGCUGAUGCAAAUGAGCAUGAUGGCUACACCUGAAAUCAACAAAGAAUUGCAUUACCUAAACAAAGAAGACCGGUUAUUACGUUGGCUUUUGGUCAAGCAACGUAACACAAAAUUUGGGCUCGAUGUUUUAGAGGAUGAAGGCAGGUUGGAGCUAAGCAAAUUUUCCGAAAUCAGUAAACUUGAUGAAGAGGAUGAAGAAGAUGAGGAUGAUGACGAUGAGGAGUACCAAUUGGAGGAAGAAGACACAAAGUAAACUAAGACAGCUGAGGAUUUUGUUAGCUUCCAUAAAAUCAGUUUGCAUUGUAUUUUCAGUGCCAAACAUGUGUUUCCUUACAGUGCCAGGUAAAGGAUGAAUGAAUUUAGUUCAAAGCAAAA